AUGCUGUCGGGCCUAAACACUAAUUAUUGCUUGCCUUCUCAUGACUUCAGCUGGCAUUUCGAUGCCUCUUUUCUUUACGACUUUACUGCUUGGUUUGAUCAUAUUUCGUUCCCGCGAUGCUACCUUCCUUUUAACAUGUCUCUUCUUUCCUGGCUUUACAUAGAGGUGAUCUUCCCUGUGUUGACUGCCUGUCAGAAUCCUAGGCUGGCCAUGGACCCUGCAGAACACGCGUCCUACAGUGCGUCAGGAUGGUUCUUCAUAUACCUGGUUCGCUCUUUGGCCUGCUCCGAAUUCGCGCAUUUUAAGUACAGGUUUUAG